AUGGUAGCGGCUAGUCUUCAAGCAACCCUUUACGGGGCUACCAUCACGUCAAAAGGUGUUGUCUUGAAGGGAAUCAUUUGCUCCUGUAUUUUAUUCUUCAUCACACUUCUCCCUUCGCCAAGGACACCCGAUUUACAAGCUCAGGCGGCAUCCGUCAAAUUCGACUGGGACCCAUCCGACCCUCCCUUAUGGACCAUCAGGCCAGAAGAGCGCGCGGCAUUUCUGUUCAACAAAACCUCCUUUCUCGAAAAGCGUGCCUCAAGUCCGUGCGAAGAUAAGGACAAACCUGCUGAUCUCUAUCGGCAGUAUGGGGAUGCCGACUGCAAGCCCACGCUCAAGUUGCAAUCCGACGGUUCUUGUCAAAGUUGGGACAAGGUAUAUAACGGUAAAGGCACCCAGGUUAAAUGUAUGAGCUUCUGCCAAAUUCGCACCUACUUCGAAUGGAGUCGCGAGCAGCCUUUUGCUUACACGAAAUGCCAUUACCCCCUGGCCUGCAACCUCACCACAAACGAUAAGGUGCCACUCGGCAGUUGGAAGAAGUCCGGUUCCAACCUAGACCAGGCUUUAGAGGUUGGAAUAUCUGGUGGGUACGGUUCGAAGAGUGAUCUGGAGUUUUAUGCGCAAGGCCAAAACUGGUCUCUCGACACGAAAGAGGGCCAGUGCGGCUACUUCACUUUCAUUCCCGUCAAGAAGAUCACAUGCGGAACCUUAUCUGAGUCCGUUUGGAAAACAGGAACGUCUUGCAGCACGUCCAAGAAAGACGGUGCCAACCACAAAAUGAACUACUGCGUCGACCAGCUCUGGAACAUCAAAGACAAAACCAGCGGCAAGGAGGUACCCGAUGGCAUCACCAUCUUCGUCCACACGAACUGCAGCACGCGUGAGCCGCUGGCCAUGGAGAAGCAGGACCCAGCGUAUGCCGCACCCGGCGUGGCCCUUGACAAGGAAAGGAUCCAGAAGGUCCAGCAGGAUUGGGUCUGGAACUCGUGCAGCUUCACUUGGUUCCAAGAUCAGAGGAAGCUCAAGGUGUUUAUUCGUGGCGGCGGAUUCCGCGAUGACAAGCUUGCAUCUGACGGAGACAAACUCUCCUCAGCGAUUAUCAAGUGUAGCGGCGACACCGGUAUUCUUGACUCGACGUUUCAGUGGUUCUACAACGAUUACUACAGAUUCAACACCAAAUUCCCUGAGCCUAGGCCGAAGGAGGUGGGUGCGUCCUGGUUCUUUUCGGCGAUAGUGCCGGCGAAAACUAGCCCCAAAUGCGUCGGGGACGCACUCGUGAGCAUGGGAGGCUUCAAGGAUCAGUGCGUUGAAGAUGAGCAUUCUGUCAAUGGUAAGAAGGUCUCGGAUUUGUAA